AAUUCCUAAAAAAGUUCGUCAUGUAAGUGCUUACAACACAUCAUGGUUUGCUCCUGAAGACAAGGAUUUCAAAUCUCUGCACUCAAUUAUUCUUUCAAAUCUUUUUCACUCACAACCUGUAAGUUAUAAUUUAGAUCUUUGUUUCACUCAACAGAAGUAUCUAAGAGCAUUGUGUAUACGUAUUGAAAAUCUCAAUACAUUACCACAGUCAAUUUGUAAUUUGAAACAUCUAAGGUUUCUAGAUGUCUCCGGAUCCGGCAUCAGAAAAUUGCCUGAAUCAACCACCUCCCUCCAAAACCUUCAGACACUAAACCUAAGAGAUUGCACAGUACUCAUCCAAUUACCAGAAGAUAUGAGGCGCAUGCAAAGUCUCGUCUAUGUUGACAUCAGAGGUUGUCAUUCACUUCUAUCUAUGCCUCGUGGAAUGGGAGAGUUGACUUGCCUGCGAAAACUUGGCAUAUUCAUUGUGGGUAAGGAGGAUGGUCGUGGCAUAGAGGAGCUGGGAAGGCUUAAUAAUCUUGCUGGUGAAUUUAGAAUCACAUAUCUUGAUAAGGUUAAGAAUUCAACAGAUGCCAGAAGUGCGAAUUUGAAUUUGAAAACAGCUCUUCUAUCACUGACUUUAUCCUGGAAUUUGAAAGGAGAUUACAAUUCACCUUCGGGGCAAUCAAUACCAAAUAAUGUGCAUUCGGAGGUCCUUGAUAGGCUUCAACCUCAUUCAAAUCUGAAGAAGUUGAGAAUAUGUGGAUAUGGAGGUUCAAAAUUUCCAAAUUGGAUGAUGAACUUGAUGCUACCAAAUCUAGUGGAGAUGGAGCUAAGAGACUGUUACAACUGUGAACAACUUCCACCAUUUGGGAAACUACAGUUCCUCGAGGAUCUUGUCUUACAGGGAAUAGAUGGUGUGAAGUGUAUUGACAGCCAUGUGAAUGGAGAUGGGCAAAAUCCAUUCCCAUCUUUGGAGAGACUGGCUAUUUAUUCAAUGAAGAGAUUGGAGCAAUGGGAUGCGUGUAGUUUCCCUUGCCUUCGACAAUUGCACGUGUCUAGUUGCCCUCUGUUGGCAGAAAUACCAAUUAUUCCAUCCGUCAAGACGUUACACAUCGAUGGAGGGAAUGUUUCGUUACUGACGUCAGUUAGGAAUCUCACUUCUAUCACCUCCCUUAAUAUUAGCAAGAGUUCCAAUAUGAUGGAGCUUCCCGAUGGGUUUUUGCAAAAUCACACUCUCCUUGAGUAUUUACAAAUUAAUGAGCUGAGAAAUAUGCAGUCUUUGUCAAAUAAUGUAUUAGAUAACCUUUCUUCUCUUAAAACCUUGUCGAUUACGGCUUGUGAUGAACUUGAAAGCUUGCCAGAGGAAGGUCUUCGGAACCUCAAUUCUUUGGAGGUUUUAAGCAUAAAUGGUUGUGGAAGAUUAAAUUCUCUGCCAAUGAAUUGCUUAUCUUCUCUUCGUCGCUUAUCGAUUAAAUAUUGUGAUCAAUUUGCUUCUCUAUCUGAGGGAGUGCGACAUCUGACGGCACUUGAGGAUUUGUCUCUCUUUGGUUGUCCUGAGCUGAACUCGUUGCCAGAGAGUAUCCAACAUCUCACUUCUCUCCGAUCUCUAAGCAUAUGGUAUUGCAAGGGAUUAACUUCUUUGCCAUAUCAAAUUGGAUAUCUCACUUCCCUUUCAAGCUUGAAGAUUCGGGGUUGCCCAAAUUUGAUGUCGUUUCCAGAUGGAGUACAGAGUCUCAGCAAACUCAGCAAGUUGACAAUUGAUGAAUGUCCAAAUUUGGAGAAGAGAUGUGCGAAAAAGAGAGGAGAGGAUUGGCCCAAGAUAGCUCACAUCCCUUCAAUUCAAAUCAACGACAAAGAAAUCCAAUGAUACUUGGAUUGUUGAAAGCAUAACGACUUCAUUUGGCCCUUCGGAUUCAAAAUGUAACAUGGAUACUUCCUACUUCUGCGUGAAUUCGUCCCUUAAGGGAUCUUCUGGUGUGUUGCUGACAAUAAGUCAUCUUCUCCAUUGGCUGCCUCAGAGCUCCAGUCAGAUACAACGUUGGAGAACAUCUUGUAUCUUUCCACUAGACAUGGCCAUUGUAGCUUGAAGUCAUUCUCUCGGUUAUUGUCGUUGAUUGGAUUAGUCAUGUCUGAAGCUUAAACUCCUGCUGAUGAGCCUGUUUUGACAAAAAUGUGAUGUAAUUCUGCAAAAUUAUUCAGCCAUCCUGAUGUGGUUGCUGAGAGGGGCUAUGGCAUGGCCUUGAGCAAGAAUACACCUUGUUGCAGAACGAUGUUUAAUGGCCUUUUGGUGAUUAUCCUGGCCCUCAGGGACAAUACCACUGUGGUGUAGGUGUUGACAAAGCCUUUGGCCCCGACAUUGUUGAUGCACAUUUCAAGGCAUGCCUGCAUGAAGGCAUCAACAUUAGUGGUAUCAACGGAGAAGUGAUGCCAGGCCAGGUUGGACUUUUAGUCUGUAUAUCUGCCGGAGAUGAAUUAUGGGCUGCUUGGCACAUCUUAGAGGAGUUGUGCUUCCAUUUGAUCCUAAGCCUAUUGAGGCCAAUUUUUAUUUCAAUUUACCCUUUUACUAUUCAAUUCGAAUGUUACAAGUGUGCAUGUUUUCAGUGCUUUUAUCGUUAAACUCUUAAGAAAUCGGACUUGAGAAUUCUUCACAUUUUCAGCACUAAGUCUAUGAGAAAUAAAGGAGGCUAUGAAGUCAUCAAGAAAGCAGUUGAAAAGCGUGGUCUGAGGCAUAUCAAAAGAUUGCAGCCAGUGUAGAAGGGAAUGGGCAGAGACUUGCUGACCGACACGAAACAUCUGACAUUAAUACUUUCAAACGGGCAAGGGGAAAAGGAAACAAUUUCCUUGCUACUCAAGUUCUCUUACUAUAAGAUGGCUUCCAUCAGUUUCCUUACAUCUUGUCUGAUUGUCAGGGUGUUGCUAAUCGUGGGGCUUCCAUUCGUGUUUAACAAUGAACAACAUGCGUUGUAAUAGCUUGUAUGUCAAAACAAUUUAUGUAGCUGAUUCUAUCCUAUAUGUUGAACAUAAGUAUUGAAGUUAUUAUAUAUAUACUCGAAAUUCCUCGAUACUUUUUCUCACGCAUAGUCUGAUAUAUGACAAUUUGCUAAAACAGUAGGCCAUUAGAAACAAUAGAAAUGAUAGAAACAAUAGACAAAAGAAGGACCAGACAAAGACUGGAGAAGCAGGAACCCAGUGUUCAUCGGAGGAAGGACAUUUCAAUGUCAUUUUAUGAUUGACUUCACAUGGAAUAGCAUUGGCAACACCCAGUGAUGCAGACAACAAAAACAUUACUAUUUAUGUGUUUUAAUUCGACCCUACAAUGGAAGGAUACUUGUAAUUUGAAGAUUUGCAGGGAUUUUUAUUUAAACUCUGAAUUUGCUGAGAAUUUAUAAGUCUAGGUUUCUAUUUUAGUAGUUCUCCAGUA